AUGGCACAGCGGUUGGAGAAAGCGAUUGAUCGCCGAGAUCUGGCCAAAGACAAGUUGUUACGGAUCAGUGAAGGUAUGAAGCAACCGGAUAAAAAUAUUCAUUGGUUGAACCUGCAGCUGGAGAAUCUUCGACGCUGUUACGACGAAUUGGAAAAAUCGUAUUUGGAGAUCUGCGAUGUAGUUCCCCGAGAUCAGCGAGAGGAUUUUAAGCGCACCAACAUCCAGACUGAGGAGAUGUAUGAUUUGCUGUACGUGAGGAUCCAGUCGGAGAUCGCCGAAUGGAAUACAAAGGAGGAACGGGGCAAAUUGAAUGCACUGGCACCCGUUUUCAAUCCACCUGCGCAGCCAGCAGGCGUGAACAACUCGACACCUCAUCUGCAUGUUCCAUUGCCAACCUUCGAUGGCAGUUUGGAAAACUGGUACUCUUUCAAGUGCAUGUUCCAGACCAUCAUGGACAGGUACCCGAACGAGUCUCCGGCUAUCAAGUUGUACCAUUUGAAGAACGCCUUAGUUGGAAGUGCUGCUGCCUGGAAGAUGCUACAGGAUGCGUACGAAGACGAACGACUUAUAAUCGAUACGCAUAUCGAUGCUUUGCUGAACCUGCCAAAGAUGACGACUGAAAACGGUAAUGAAUUACGCACCCUAAUCGACAGCUGUAGUAAGCAUGUCGAUGCUCUCAAGAACCGUGAAUUACUUGUGGAAGGAUUGUCUGAGAUGAUCCUAGUUAACGUGAUCGCCAAACGACUAGACAAAGAUACACGAAAGAUAUGGGAAUCGCAGCUAUCCCAGGAAGAGCUGCCAUCGUACACCGAGAUGAUCGAUUACUUACGCGAACGAGUUCGAAUUUUACAGAAGAUGACUAGCUAUACAGAACAACGAACCUUGAGCACUACGAAGCAAAGAAACAAACCAGAACAAAAAAUCCAGCAAGCGAGAAAUUUUGUUCAGACCAAGGAAUUAUGUUACUGCUGUAAUGGUGACCAUCUUAUCUACAAGUGUGACCAAUUCAAACAACUUAACGUCGGAAACCAAUAUACGAAGGUUAAGCAGGCAGGACUAUGCUUCAAUUGUUUACGUCGUGGUCAUCGUACAGUUGAUUGCAAUUCCGACAAGUCGUGUAAGAGUUGCAAGCGUAAGCACCACACCCUCCUCCACGACGAUAAGCCCAGUACGGCUAAACCGUCCGAUAGCGCACCUAACGAGCCAUCUGCGAAACCAGAGGAAAAUCAAGAAGUCGCUGUGCCAACUGGAUCAGUGAACUGUGCGACGUCGCUGAUGCUGAAACAACAAGUACUACUUUCGACAGCAGAAGUGCUUGUUAGCGGAUUUGGAAACGCCAGUUAUACGUGUCGUGCUUUGUUAGACUCGGGGUCUGACACAAAUCUAAUUUCCGAGGCGUUUGCUAAACUGUUAAACCUAACCAUGGAACGCAUAAACUUACCCAUCAGUGGACUCAAUAAUACUGAAACCCGCGUUAAAAACAACCUUCGCACUAAGAUUAGCUCACGCAUUAAUUCUUUCAAUGCCUUUCUAGAUUUUCUGGUGGUUCCAACAAUUACCACCAACCUACCGACGAUGCAAGUGGACAUCCGUCCUUGGUUAAUUCCCGUUGGUGUAGCGUUGGCUGAUCCAUCAUUUCAUGUUCCCAAUCAAAUCCAAAUGAUCAUCGGGGCAGAACUUUUCUUUGGUCUCAUAAAAAACGGUCGUAUGAAGCUUGCAGAUGGAAGUCCUAUGUUGGUUGAGACCGACCUUGGUUGGAUCGUCAGUGGUCCCGUCAAGGAACAUUCAUCUAGUCCACAAGGAGGUAUUUGCCAGCUGAACCUACGUGAAGAGCAUAUAAAUCGUAUUCUAGUGAAGUUCUGGGAAUUGGAAACAGUCCAGGACGCAUCGCCACUGACACCAAAGGAGCAAGCCAUUGAGAAGCAUUUCGUAGAAACACAUUCUCGCGACGAUAGCGGUCGGUACACUGUCAGAUUGCCAUUCAAUGAAAACAAAGGUCUACUUGGCGAUUCCUUGGAAACCGCUCGAAGUCGAUUCAAUCGACUACUACGAUCAUUUACAAAUAAAAUGAAGCAGACUCGCUAUACCGAAUUUAUGACUGAAUACCAAGCCCUAGGCCACAUGGUCGAAGUCUUCGACAAACCCGACGACUGCUAUUUCCUACCUCACCACGCUGUAUACAAAGAAUCGAGCACAACUACAAAAAUCCGCGUAGUUUUUGAUGCUUCGGCGAAGACCACAUCUGGUCUCUCGUUGAACGACGCUCUAGGUGUGGGACCAACAGUGCAACGAGACCUGAUCACGAUUCUCUUACGUUUCUGUUGCUUCCCGGUCGUAUUAACUGCAGACAUCCCGAAGAUGUACCGUCAGGUGCUAAUCCACAAGGACGACCGUAAGUAUCAAAGGAUCCUUUGGCUUAAUUCAAUGAACGAGGUAGGAACGUUCGAGCUCACAACUGUUACAUAUGGUUGUGCCAGCGCCCCCUACCUGGCUACACGCUCGUUGAUACAAUUGGCAAAAGACGAAGCAUCCGCACUGCCUGUUGGAGCGAAGGUGGUCGAAGAGAACAGUUACAUCGAUGAUUUUCUCACCGGAGGAAACACGGACGAAGAAGUGAUAGAAAUAUACAGACAGUUAUCCGAGCUGCUGCGACGUGGUGGAUUUGGAGUUCACAAGUUCUGCUCCAACAGCGAGAUUGUUCGAAACAGUAUUCCAAACGAGUUGCAGGAAACGCAAGCCAAUUUCGAAGAUGCUGAUAUUAAUAAUGCGAUCAAAACACUAGGUCUAAUCUGGAAUCAGCACGAGGAUUAUUUUUGUUUCAACGUAAGUCCUCUUGACGGAAAGAUGCCGACCAAAACAAGCGUCCUGUCUGCUAUUGGUCUCCUUUUCGAUCCGUGCGGUUAUCUGGGUCCAGUCAUCACGACAGCAAAAAUGCUGAUGCAGGAUUUGUGGCGGCUGAAAUUGAAAUGGGAUGAUGUUUUACCUGAUGAGCAAAUGAAAAUGUGGAUCAACUUCCGUACACAGCUCCCAUUGGUUAACAAAUUGCAAAAAAAAAGAUGCGUUGUCACGAGCGACGUAAAUGAAGUGGAGCUUCACGGAUUUGCUGAUGCGUCACUGCGCGCAUACGGGGCAGUCUUGUACACAAGGUGCAUCUCCCCUGAUGGAACGAUUAGUGUAGAGCUGAUAUGCAGCAAAUCUCGUGUUGCUCCUCUUAAGCCGAUGACGAUUCCACGCCUGGAAUUGUGUGGAGCCUUGCUGUUAGCUCGACUAGUAAAUAAAACGAUUGCAGCAAUGAGAAUCCAGUUCAAAAGUGUGACACUUCAUCUCGACUCGCAGGUAGUGCUGUGCUGGUUGGAAAAAUCACCGCUUGCUUUGAAUCAAUUCGUUUCAAAUCGUGUUGCUGAAAUACUCGAGCUGACUCAGACAUAUCAUUGGCAGUAUGUACGAUCUGAGAACAACCCAGCCGACGUGAUUUCGCGAGGUUUGCUUCCAGCAGAACUUUUAACAAUGGAUAAAUGGUGGAAGGCGUCCCCGCUUCUGUGGGAUCAAACCCCUAGCUUUAAUGAAGGCAGAAUGAAAUUGAAUGACAACGAGUUACCAGAACUCUAG